GCUUUAAUACUGACACUGUUUUUAUCUCCAGGCUCAAGAUGAGUGCGAUGUUGGAAACCUCUGAGCUGCCAGCAGUGUUUGAUGGGGUGAAGCUAGCUGCAGUUGCUGCUGCUCUCUAUGUUAUUGUUCGCUGCUUAAAUUUAAAAAGCCCAACUGCCCCUCCUGAACUCAUCUACCAAGACUCUGCUUUGGCACGCUUCCUACUCAAAUCCUGCCCACUUCUGACCAAAGAGUAUGUUCCACCCCUGAUUUGGGGAAAGAGUGGACACAUCCAGACAGCCCUUUAUGGAAAAAUGGGAAGAGUGAGAUCACCGCAUCCGCAUGGACUCCGCAAGUACCUCACGAUGCCAGACGGAGCAACAGCCACCUUUGAUCUCUUUGAGCCGCAGUCCGAGCACUGCAUUGGAGAGGAUGUCACGAUGGUGAUCUGCCCUGGGAUUGCUAACCACAGUGAAAAGCAGUACAUCCGUACUUUUGUCGACUAUGCCCAGAAGAAUGGGUACAGAUGUGCUGUCCUGAAUCACUUGGGAGCCCUACCAAACAUUGAGCUCACUUCUCCACGGAUGUUCACAUAUGGUUGCACGUGGGAAUUUAGUGCCAUGGUUAAUUACAUCAAGAAGACCUACCCUCAGACUCAGCUGGUUGUUGUGGGCUUCAGCCUGGGUGGAAACAUAGUGUGCAAGUACCUGGGAGAGAGCCAGGCCAACCAGGAGCGAGUCCUGUGCUGCGUCAGUGUGUGCCAGGGGUACAGUGCAUUGAGGGCACAGGAAACCUUCAUGCAGUGGGAUCAGUGCAGAAGAUUUUAUAACUUCCUCAUGGCAGACAACAUGAAGAAGAUCAUCCUUUCUCACAGGCAGGUUCUUUUUGGAGAUAAUGUGAAGAAGCCACAGAGUCUGUCAGAUGCUGAUCUGAGCAAAAUCUAUACAGCAACAUCCCUUAUGCAGAUUGAUGACAACGUUAUGAGGAAGUUCCAUGGCUACAGUUCCCUGAAGGAAUACUAUGAAGAAGAAAGCUGCCAGCAUUAUUUGCACAGGAUCUAUGUUCCUCUUCUGUUGGUUAAUGCUGCUGAUGACCCUCUUGUGCAUGAGAGUCUUCUGUCAAUUCCAAGAGCUCUUUCAGAGAAAAGAGAAAAUGUCAUGUAUGUGCUGCCCCUUCAUGGAGGCCACCUGGGAUUUUUUGAGGGGUCUGUACUGUUCCCAGAACCUCUCACCUGGAUGGAUAAGCUCGUGGUACAGUAUGCCAAUGCCAUCUGCCAGUGGGAGAAGACAAAGUCUCACUGCUCGGACACAGAGCAGUCUGUAUCUGGCCCUGAGUAAUUGACCCAAAGACUCUAGAUCACUUCAGUGUAUCUUCCCCCUUUGGGAACAUCUUGUUCCCUCACUUGCUGCUUCAGGUUUCCAUUUUCCUUGAUAUCCUAUGGCUGGGGUUUGAUCAUAAUCUUUUCUUGCAAAGUGGACUUAAAGCAAAGGUUAAUAUCUGGUCAGAGUAUUUUUGCAUAUAGUCACUUGGGUUUGUAAUUUACUGCUCUGUCUGAAAAAUUAGGUUGCUGUGACUUGUUACAGGGUUAUUGAUCUCAAGGCUGCUUGCUUUAAUAUAGCAGAAGUUUCAAACAUCAAAAUCCCUUCUCCUGCUGAUCAAAAACUUGAUCUACAGCAUUGUUUAGGUGUAGGGAACAGGGUAACUAAGGCUCUGUUCUGUCCCUGUGCUGGAAAAAUCCUGUACCAAGCCACAGGACAGAGCAUUGUUCAGUCUCUAAGCCACUAAAAUGUGGCUUGAAAAAAAAGAUGCUUGACUGCAAGUGGAGUUCCAGCCUUGCACCAUCUCAAGGGGAAGCCUUUUAGUUCCUAGGAAUGCACUUACACAAGUCAAUCAACCUAAAAAUACUUAACUUUUUCCAUGCUUCAGCUGUCUGUGGAUUGGGUGUCUUUAUGCUGGAACUCUGCGAAAAGCUGCAGGCUGGUAAUACCGUGUAAUGUUUCUGUGUAAACAUGUUCUCGCACCAAGAGUAUAUCAGUCACCUUUGCGUCCUUUUAAAUGUAAUCAUCUUUUUAGUACUGGGGUUUUCUUUGACCCAGGGCUUUUUGAAGCUGGCUCUGGCUUCCAAAUGGAAACCAGUGAUCAAGAAUCUGAAGGAUCUUUCUGUGAGCUCAAUCUCUCCUUAAGAAUAUUUCAUAGAGAAGUACUCUCAAGUGGUUUUUGGACACAUGACUUGCCUUACAAUUGAUGAGGAACUGGUGUUCUCUAGCCCUGUGCAACUAGAAUGGUAUCUCUGCAUGGCUAACUACUUCCGUAUCUGUGUAAAGGCUGCAGGAUUGCUGGCUCCAGUGAGACGUUGGGCUCUUCCUCACUUGAUUCCUUUUUCACAACCAGACAUCCUCUUCUGGUUUUAAUGUGUGAAGCGUUAAAGCUGUUGGCAGGAAAGAUGCCUACUCACUUGUGCUUUUCCCCUCAAGUGGUGUUAUAGUCUGUGCCAAGAUGGCUAUUAAUGACUCUAGUCUAUCCACCAGAAGGAAAGCUGUCCCAUGACAAUCUGGAGGCUGAAACCUUGUGGUAAAGAUCUUUUUUACUGUUUGUUCUGUCAAUAUUGUAGUCUCAUUAAUCCAUCCUUAGGACUGCUUUAUCACAGUGUCAGUAAAGUUCUUCUCCUGUCUCACUUCCCACAUCAGUUAGCACUUUAUUGCUUCAGCCUUGGUGUAUGUUCCAGGCACUUUAGUUUAUAGCUUAAGGGUGAAACAAGCUGCAAGACUUCAGUCUGGUAAUGUAGGGGAGCAAGCUUUCUGGAGUGCCCUGUCCCUGAACUUCAAUAGGUUGGAGAGGUGGGUUUUGUUUUAAUAAAGCAAUAAUUAACUAUUGUAGCAAAGGUGCAUUAUCGUAUCAGGAAAUUCCUUUAAUUUGCCUUAGGCCAGACACCUUGGCCUGUUACAAUGAACUGUGGAUUUCUGCACAUUCUCCUCAUUAGCAAAUUGGGUUUCCUUUUUGGUUCAAAGAAAAAAUUUGGCCAAGUAAAGUUACUGCAAGACUUGCCCUUUCUUGUGGCUAUUCCUUAAGAACUAUUUUAGAGCAUCAGGUAGCAAGGAUAUUCUUAGCUGAUGGUCUCUAUGUUGUUAUGCUCUUAUUCAUACUGCAUCUGUGUACCGCUAAAAUCUGUCAUAAGGUGCUUCAGGUUUUUGCUUAAGUAGCUGUUCAUGUAAUAUUCAUUGGAUAGGACUUAAAUCUUGCUUCCACAGAAGUGGAGUGUAAACAACACUUGUACACAUCAAAUAGAUGCAGCAUAAAUUUAGGUGUGUAGAGGGAUGUGAUUGUUAUCUCCAGUGGGUUACAACUUUAGAAGUGUUUCAACUCUCAUCAUAUAUUACAGCUGUAGCUUAAUGGAGGUUGUGGCUGUCUGCCUUGAGGAAACAAACCUGCCCUCCCCAUGCUUCAUGUGUCCUUCCCCAAUUCAUCUUUACUGUGCUAAGUAUCAACUUGAGACAGUUCUAGAGGAAGAGUCCUUGGUACUGAUACUGCUGAAGAGCUCAUCACAUAAACCAACAUGUGGAUACCUAUGAAAGGUCAAUGUGCAUCUGAGCUCCUUUGAGAGCAGAAUAUCUGCUGUCCUCAACUUGAGAGCCUUAUCAAAAGGAGGGGUGCUCUGCUCAGCUCCCCAAGUGGUUGAAGCUCUACCUUACUCCCCAGGACCCCAGACUGGCAGAACAGUUCAGCUGACUGGCGCAGAACAUGCAAGUCAGGAGGGUGGGAACUGGCUGAGAAGGUUAAUGCUAAGGUAAAGCAAGUGUUUUGUCUCUGCUUUUUGGCCAAGUCCCUCUUACAGAACACAAGGUACUUUACUUGCAGCUUCCACUACAUCAGAUUCGCCAGCAUUUUUAAUGGUCCCUUGGUUAGCUUCUAAAUCAAGAGUGUUUUCAGGUGGGUCUGGCAGUGUUGUUGUUGCACUGUAAAGACAAAUGUGAACUUCCCUGCAUUCUUCCUGAGUGUUUUCCUGCAGUUCCUGUUUAUGAAGAUACAGGUUACAAAGGGCAUUAAGCAAAGAUGUUGGGAACUAUUAGCUACAGUACUGAAUUUAGCCAAUAUACCUGUGUGUCAUCUGUCCUGGGUCUGUCACAAGUCCCCAGACCUUUGACAUGUGGUGCCUUGCCCUUUCCUUCCUCCUUCCCUUGACAUCAGCAUAUCUAGAGACUUCAGUAACAGCUCUCUCAGAGCUUUGGGGGCUUUGCUUUUUAGGAGUAAAUGAAUUUUCAGACACUGACUUGUGAGAUACCUCUGGCAAUGUGCACUGUACAAGUGAGUCUUGACUUAAAGGACCUUUGUGGGCAGCCUACAACUAGCUACAGUCUAUUUGAAGGCUUAAAAUAACAAUGUCUAUAGGUAGUGGAUCACUUUCAGCUCUCUGCUCCUCGAGCAGUAGGGAGUGAGUCAUAGAAGGAGGGUUUGCUUUGCUUAACAUGUGAUUUGCUGCUUUACAAUCCCAAAGUUCUUGUGUCUAUUAACUCUCCAGCAGUGUAGCUGAAGGUAGGUUGCCUAAGUGAGUGCUUCAAAAGAGCAGAGAGUAGCAACUUGAGGAUUUAAUUGCCAAACAGUUUAGUCACCUGGAUUCCUUCCAGGUUUUGCUAGAAAUAUUAUGCCUGCCUGGAGCUUAUUGAAAUGCCUCUCAGCCUUUUUCCAGGAGACCAGAAAAGGCCCAUGCCUUGUUUUACAUGUGUAAGUCAUUUGUUGUGAAGAGCAUCAUCUUGUUUCUGGCUUGAGUCAUGCUCCCUCUGUCUGUAUUCCUUAGGUGGGUCUGCCUGAUGGGUAGGUCCCAGAGCCACAGUGACUCAGAGCAAUAUGUAGGUGAAGAGCAAACAGCUCCUCUUGGUGUGAGGACCUUCUGGAGGUUUCAAAUGCCUCAGAGCAACAGCAGCCCAAGGGAGGGAUGCCUUGUGACUGUACCCCUUUGUCACUGGGAAUGUGGGUUACACUGGCCUGGGUUUCCUCAGCUGUUGGGGGAGCUUAAGUGUAAGUGCCAUCAAUGAAGCAAAGCAGAUGCCAGCUCUCCAUGCUGUGGUGGAAGAGUUUCUAGGAUUAUCCUGAACUGUCGUGUUCUGAACAUGUCUACUCUUGGGUUUGCUGGUUAAUCAAUGGAUACAAACACUGCAAUCCAGGGCAGCAUUUGUCAGGUUGGCUCUGCUGAUUGAACAGCCCUUUUCAAGUCUCUCUUAACUCUUUUCAGAAGCUCUCACCCUGCAUCACUUGAGGAUAAAGGCUUUUCUUUUUUCCUCACCCAGUAGCAUUGCCUAACCCAGGUAGUUUUUAUGCCAGUAAGAAGCACUAUAUAUCCCAUAAGGUGGCUCUAUGCAUAGCCCUUUUGCUUCUGUUUGAAUGACAAGCUCUCAUUGUCUAUCUCUGGUCAUGCAAGAGCUUUGAUUAGAUACAGAACUUUCUCCUAGGGUCUCUGCUAUAGUUCUUCUGGGAUGUUGACCCUUCCCAUGGCUCCUGCCAACUGGGAAGUCUUUAAAAGGCCAAACAAAUCCCACUUGUAUUUGAUAGAACCAAACCCUGCUGCUUAGCCCAAGUCAGCAGCUUCCCAAAAGAGCAUGUUUUCUCAUUGUGUAACUUGUCAGCUUGACCAUAAUUCCUGGUGACAGAUCACUGGGCAUUCUUCUUGAGAAAGCAAAACCUGUUCCUCGAAAACCCCCAACCCAAAGAGGUGUGGAGAGAGCUGAGGAACAACAGACCUGUGCCCUUGUUGUGCCCAUGCAGCUGUGUUAGAGCAGCCGAGUGGCUUCUCAUGUUCUUGGUGAGCAGUUUGCUAUCAAAAUACUUUCCAAUUGGCAAAACUCUACUCUGUGACUGUCCCUAAAUGCUGCCCUGAAACAGCUUCGUAUCCUGAGACACCCUCUCUGCUGCCAUGUUCUGAGUCGGAUUCUCUGGAGCUGAUGGCUGCAGAGGAGAUGAUUUGCAACUAGCAAUGCAAUUUUUCUAUAUCUGCUGAUGUUUACCUUUCAAAUGAUAUAUAUAAAUAUAUAUAAAACAAUGUCUGAUUUUUCUCUUUAAUUUUUGUUCUUCUGUGUGGUGUAAAAUGGAGAUCAUUGCAAAGCAAAAUGUAAUUUUUGUUAUCUUUUGAUUCAGUGGGUUUUCUUUAUUUAAAAAUAAAGGACUUAUUGAAGCCA